AUGUCGAAGGUGACGAAUGUGGAUUUGGAUGAUGACGCCGUAUCGGACGACGAGGUUUUGGCUGCCAGCAAUGGUGUCAACGGUGACGUGAGCGGUGCCAACGGUGACGCCACCAUGGGGGAUGCGCCGUUGGCCGCGGGUGAUGCGCCGCCGCAAAGCGACCUGCGGGUCGAGCUAGAAGUGGCCACGGAUGAUACGCUGGUGGCACCUCUGCUGGUGGAAACUGAUACGCUGGAUGGGAUAAUCCAAGAGCCCGUGGAUAUGGAUGCGGAUGACGAGGUUUUGCAGAUAGGCGACAUGCAAGAUCCAUGGAUUGAUCCAGACUUCGCAGAGCAGGCGUAG